AUGAAACCCUCUCACAAGUGGCCGCCGGCGUCGCUGGCAAAGACAAUACAAAGACACCCCGUCCUCCGGCCUUUGCAAAGACUCCGAUGGGCGAUUACAUUGGUGGCCAUCGUCGUCAUUAUCAUAUUGGCGAUCGCAUUGGGUGUCGGUCUCGGCCUUGGACUAGGUCACACCAAGAAAAACGCCUCCGCGUACUGCUCGGAUGAAAAAACAUAUCAACUUGAUAGCAUCACCGCCCCUAUUCGGGGCCACGGUAACCCGGGUUCUGCGCGAACCUGGAACUUGAGUAUCGAUGACACAGAGUCUGGUUAUAAGCAAACUAUCGCAGGCUUCGGCGCAACGGUAACCGAUGCCACGGUUAGCUCGUUCAGUACCCAAUCGAACGCGACGUUGAAAAAUCUGUUAAAAGAAUUGAUGACCGAUGCAGGAGCUAGUUUUUCGUUGAUGAGACACACCAUCGGGUCAAGCGAUCUAUCGUCGACGGCCUAUACAUAUGAUGAUAACGACGGCAAAGUGGAUGAAAGCUUGUCAGGGUUUGCGCUUGGAAGUCAAGGGACUGCGAUGGCACAGCUUCUAUCCCAAAUGAAGAGUCUCAAUCCCAGUCUUAGAAUAGUGGGUUCGUCGUGGAGUGCGCCAGGCUGGAUGAAGUUGAAUGGAGCGCUUGAUGGCAACACGACCAAUAACAAUUUAAAUGAUGGCUUUCUCACUAGUGGGGGAGUUGGUAGUACAGGUUACAGCAAUGCGUUUGCCCAGUACUUUGUUAAGUAUAUCCAGGCAUACCAAAAUUUCGGUGUGGAUAUCGAUGCGAUUACAAUCCAAAACGAGCCCUUGAACAGCAAAUCCGGGUAUCCGACCAUGUACGUUUAUUCCAAUGAAUCUGCCCAUCUGAUUGGUGAUUAUGUUGCACCAGCUUUAAAAAAGGCUGGUUUGGAGACGAGUGUCUGGGCAUUCGAUGAUAAUACCGAUAGCGCAUACUACCCCCAAGAUGUAGUCAACUAUGCAGGACAGUAUGUUAAGGCUGUUGCAUGGCAUUGCUAUGCCUCUCCAGCCAAUUGGACCGUCCUCACUGAAUUCCACAACCAGAAUCCAGAUGUGGAACAGUACAUGACUGAAUGUUGGACUUCUGAGAGCCUGAACUGGACGCAAGCCGUACAAUUUACCAUGGGACCUCUCCAGAACUGGGCAAACGGCGUGACUGCGUGGACAUUAGGCGCAAACCAAGACGCCGGUCCACAUCUUAUUGGCGGUUGUGACUCAUGUAACGGAUUAGUGACCACAAACGCCAAUGCGAAUUACACACUCAGUAUAUCGUACUACAUGAUUGCGCAAUUCAGCAAGUUUAUGCCACCUGGUGCACGCGUAUUGCAGGGGAAUGGGAGUUAUACCUACCCCAAUGGGAACGGAAUUCAGAGUGUGGCAAGUCUAAACCCGGAUGGGUCACGGACGGUGGUCAUUGAGAAUAGAUUUGGUAACGAUAUCUAUGUAACUGCGGAUCUGUCCAGUGGUGCAACAUGGAGUGGAAAUAUUCCAGCCAGCAGUGUUACGACCUGGGUUUUGCCGAGCGAUUGA